AUGCGCGCAGCGCCCGCGCCCCCCGCCGGCUCGCCGCCCGCCUCGCCCCGCAUCCGCCGGCGGCCCGUGGCGAGGGCGGCGAGGCCAGCGGCGGUCGCGGAGGAGCGCCGCGAGGAGCCCGCCAUUUGCCUGAACCCGCGGGAGCACGGCAGGCCCGACACCGUGGCCCCCUCGGUGCUCACCAGCCGUGCGCGGGGUUACGCUGGGGCGGAGGAGCUGGCUCUGGAGCUGGUGCCGCACUGCCGGCCACUGCGGGAGCAGCUGGCGCCGCGGGGGUCCCUCUUCUCUCGCUCAACACCCGAUCAUCGGCGCCUCGCGUAA